CAACGGCUCUGCGUUAAACCAGCCUUUGUACUGUGUUAUACACGCUAGCGUCGCUAGGCCGGUAGGUGGCAGCAACUCUGAAUCCCACGGAUAUCCAGUCAGAGAAAGGCAGGAGUGUGUUUGGUAACAGGAAAUAAGAAAGCUUCAACACAACAGAUGAGAGUUACUCUAGAGAAGAGCUGUGGAGUCAGAGGAGCGAUGCUUCUGCUGGGGAGAAAACAGCUUUUCUGUCUUUUAUGGGCCGUAAUUUUAUUAUCACAGUGGGUGCAUGGCCAGCACUGUAUCUGGUAUGGUGAAUGUGGUAAUUCCACUGCUGUUCAAGAGAAGAAGUUAAACUGCAAUUAUACAGGCCCACCUAUACCUUUAGUUGAUGAAGAAGGACAGGGCCUGCUACAGGAGCUAUGCCCAGGACUGGUUUAUGGGGACAAUGAAGUUUGCUGUGACACUCAACAGCUCAGGACGUUGAAAAACAAUAUUCAGCUCCCCCUUCAGUACCUAUCCAGGUGUCCAGCAUGUUUCUUCAACUUCAUGACCCUGUUUUGCGAGCUUACCUGCAGUCCCAGACAGAGUGAUUUCGUCAAUUCCACAAAGUUCACUGAAUUUAACAAAACCGAAAGUAAUGUGGAUGAGGUGUCGUACUAUAUCACCCAGACCUUUGCCAAUGCCAUGUAUAAUGCCUGCAAGGAUGUUCAAGCCCCCUCCACCAAUAUCAAAGCCCUCAGUCUGUUAUGUGGGAGAGACGCUAGUGAGUGCACUCCCAACAACUGGAUCCAGUACUUGUUCGAUAUCCACAAUGGCCAAGUCCCCUUCGCGAUUGACCCGCAAUUCUCAGAUGUACCCACCGCAGGCAUGACUCCAAUGAACAACGUGACGUUUAACUGUACACAGUCUCUGGAAGAUGGGUCAGGGCCCUGCUCGUGUCAGGACUGCACUGGAGCGUGUGGCCCCACACCCGUGCCCCCCCCAAUCCUUCCACCCUGGACCAUCCUCGGCCAGGACGCCAUGACCGUCAUCAUGUGGUGUUCUUAUGUAGGCUUCCUUAUCGUCUUCUUUGGAGUCGUGCUAGCGGCAUGGUGUUACAGGAGGAGGAUGGUCACAUCUGAAUAUGGCCCAAUUCUUGAUAGCAACCAGCCCCUCUCCCUAAACUCAGAUGGCACAAAUUUUGUCGGUGAUGCUACGUGCUGUGAGACAUUGGGCGAACGUUUUGAGAACUGUCUCCGCGUUCUCUUCAGCAGCUGGGGCUCCCUGUGUGUGCGUCACCCCUUAACUGUGAUCCUGACCAGCGUGGUGCUAGUGUCAAUCUGCUCAGCCGGACUGACCUACAUGCGCAUCACAACCAACCCGGUGGAGCUCUGGUCAUCUCCCAGCAGCAGGGCCAGGCAGGAGAAGGACUAUUUUGACCAGCACUUUGGACCGUUUUUCCGCACUGAGCAGCUCAUCAUCACCACCCCAGUGAAUGCGUCAUUCAAUUUUUCAACCAUCACUUCACAAAUCAUCCCCUUCUCCUCCAUCCUGAACAUAUCACUCCUCCAUCAGGUGUUGGAUCUCCAGACAGAAAUUACAAACCUAUCAGCUGAAUAUAAGGGAGAGACAGUGACUUUUAAAGACAUCUGUAUUUCUCCACUGGCUCCUUACAAUGACAAUUGUACCAUUUUAAGUGUGUUGAACUACUUCCAGAACAGCCAUGAAGUCCUGAAUCAUGAAGUUUCUGAUGAGUUCCUUGUCUACUUUGACUACCACACUCAUUUUCUGUAUUGUGUCAGUUCUCCAAUGGCACUGGAUGACACAAGUACCUUACAUGACCCCUGCAUGGGUACAUUUGGAGGACCAGUUUUCCCCUGGCUUGCUCUUGGGGGUUAUGAGGGCACGGACUACAACAACGCCACAGCUCUAGUGAUCACCUUUCCUGUCACCAACUACCUAAAUGACACAGAAAAACUAGGCAAAGCUUUGGCAUGGGAGAAAGUGUUUAUCGACUUUGUGAAGAACUACGACAACCCCAACCUGACCAUCUCAUUCAGCUCAGAGCGCAGCAUUGAAGACGAGAUUGACCGUGAGAGCGACAGUGAUGUCACCACCAUCGUGAUCAGCUAUGUCAUCAUGUUUGUCUACAUCUCGCUGGCUCUGGGACACAUUAACAGCUUUCGUACCCUGCUGGUCGACUCCAAAAUCUCUCUGGGUAUUGCCGGUAUCCUGAUCGUGUUGAGUUCAGUAGCAUGUUCGCUGGGUAUUUUCAGCUACGUCGGCAUCCCCCUCACACUUAUCGUCAUUGAGGUCAUUCCCUUCCUCGUGCUGGCUGUGGGUGUGGACAACAUCUUUAUCAUUGUACAAACAUACCAGAGAGAUGAGCGAAUGCCUGAGGAGGAGCUUCAUCAGCAGAUUGGACGUAUACUUGGAGAGGUGGCUCCCAGCAUGUUCCUCUCUUCAUUGUCUGAGACAGUUGCUUUCUUUUUAGGUGCUCUGUCUAGCAUGCCUGCGGUGAGGACGUUCUCUCUAUUCGCUGGUCUGGCCGUCUUCAUAGACUUCCUCCUGCAGAUCAGCUGCUUUGUGUCUCUGCUGGGCCUGGACAUCAAGAGACAAGAGGCAAAUCGGCCGGAUAUAUUAUGCUGUGUAAAGUUGUCUGAUGGACAGCAGGGAAGAUCAGAAGGUUGUCUGUUCCUCUUUUUUAAGAAAAUAUAUGCUCCUUUCAUCUUGAAGGAUUGGGUGCGCCCCCUGGUGGUUGCUGUGUUUGUGGGAAUGCUGUCAUUUAGUAUAGCUGUUGUUAAUAAAGUGGAGAUUGGACUAGAUCAGAGAUUGUCAAUGCCUGAUGACUCCUAUGUGUUGGAUUAUUUUGGGAAUCUGAGUGAGUACCUGCACACUGGGGCUCCGGUUUACUUUGUGGUAGAAGACGGACAUGACUACAAAACGUCUGAGGGUCAGAAUGCAGUGUGUGGUGGAGUGGGCUGCAACAACAACUCUCUAGUCCAGCAAAUUUAUACCGCAUCUCUCUUGAAUAACUAUUGGAUUCAAUCCACUUCAAAUGAUUUUAGCUCACAAAAAUUUUUAGGAAUCUCGGUUUUGACUAAUAUCUUUUCUUUCCCAUGCAGUGGUCAUGCUGCAUACAGCACUGCUGUGGAUCUCAAAGAAAACUACACUGAUGUAGGUGCCACCUACUUCAUGAGCUAUCACACCAUCUUAAAAACCUCAUCUGACUUCAUUGAUGCCUUGAAGAUGGCACGAGAGCUUACAGACAACAUUACACAGGCCAUCGGACCACAAAACAAGACUUACAGUGUCUUCCCUUACAGUGUAUUCUACGUCUUCUAUGAACAGUAUCUUACGAUCAUCUAUGACACUGCUUUUAACCUUGGCGUGUCGUUGGCGGCCAUCUUUGUGGUGUCUACAGUACUUUUGGGCUUUGAGCUGUGGUCGGCAGUACUGGUGUCCUUCACCAUUGCCAUGAUUCUGGUCAACAUGUUUGGAGUCAUGUGGUUGUGGGAUAUCAGCCUCAACGCGGUCUCAUUGGUCAACCUUGUCAUGUGUUGUGGCAUAUCAGUGGAGUUCUGCAGUCAUAUUGUGAGAGCUUUCUCUGUCAGUACCAGGAGCUCAAGGGCUGAGCGGGCAGAGGAGGCGCUGGCACACAUGGGCAGCUCUGUGUUCAGUGGCAUCACCCUCACUAAAUUUGGUGGGAUCCUGAUUCUCGCCCUGUCCAAAUCCCAGAUCUUCCAGAUUUUCUACUUCCGCAUGUAUCUCUCAAUAGUCCUGCUAGGAGCUGCUCACGGCCUCAUCUUUCUGCCUGUAUUACUCAGUUAUGCAGGCCCAUCUGUAAAUAAAGCAAAAGUCAUGGCUGCUCACGACAGGCUUGUGGGUACAGAAAGAGAGCGACUUAUCUACUAACAGCUCUGUGACGCUGGACGGCAGUGGAUGAUGCCAGCUUUUCAUUUCUAUGUUACAUGCUUAGUAACACACUUCAGCAGACUAAACUCAGGACACUCUUUGGGUGUACAGAAGGCCUUUUUUCACAGUUUUCCUUUUGACAUCCACCAAAAACACGUCAACUCCGAAUAACAGGCUUGGAAGAUUGUUUCAGUAUUGAAAUGACAGUAACAAGAGUCUGUAUGUGGAAAAGAUAACAGUCAUUUCCUUGAAUGUGUGUGAACAUCAAAAACAUGCCGUAACCACAUGUAACCCAGCAGUCACUGUGGUAAACCAACCAAGACAACAAAUGAGAAAUAAGAAACAAGGCGGCAUUUUUUUUAUUUUUUUUAUUAUUAUUUUUUUGUAUGAAUGUAAAAAAUAUGUAACUAAUCCUUUUUAUUUAUUUGUGUUUCUUUUCUUUUUUUCUUUUUUUUUUUUUUUUUUUUAGUUAGUGUUUCAUUUAAUUACUUCACAAGUAAUGAAAGAAUUGUCGACAAUGAGCCACAAUGGACAAUCUCUUGAUUUAUUGUGAUGCUAUGACAAGAACGACAUGUUACACAAACGGCUAUCAGUUUACUGUUAGCACUACCUGAAUGAAGACAAAAACCCCUUUAGUCUUAGCUAAUUAACUAAGUUGGGAAAAUGGGUUGCAGUGGCACAUAAUAAACAUUUAUGUUUUUAAAAUGUUA